GUUAAACUUUGGCGGCAUAGUGGGGUCACACGUGAAGUAUACGCGAGGCUGCACGUAUCGUCUGGAGAAAUCAAAUUAAAUCGGUACAAAAAUGCAGUCCUAUUCAUCUUCGUUUCUAACAGAAGUACCAACAGAAGUAUGCAAUGAAAAUGUGUCACCGUCAUGGAAAUUUUCAGAAUGUCAGUCGGCCAUCUUGAAAUCGGAAAAUAGUGACAUUAUACUUUUUUAUUUCAAUUUGACGUUUAGUGUUGUGCGUUUCGUUAAGAAUCUUAUGAGUGAUAAUUUAGGUGUAAUUCUGACAACUGUGAUAUUAAUGUUAGUUAUUUACUAUGUGUGUAAAAGUUUUUGGUGCCCGAUAGUUUAUACAAAGGAACUAACAGACAUAGGGUUCGAGCACAUAGCCCCGGGGCCGGACAGGGAGGCUAAGAUCAGCCGAGCUCAGAACGCCAGGAGGUUGGGUUCCAAGAUUCCACCACCGUACCCUAAUGGGUGGUUCGCGUUGUACGAGAGCAGGGACUUGAAGGUUGGCGAUGUGGUGCCCAUUGAUGCUCUGGGUCAAAACCUCUGUAUCUAUCGUGGCGAGGACGGCGUCGCGCGCUGCGUAGACGCAUACUGUCCCCACUUGGGGGCCAACCUUGGGGUGGGGGGGGCGGUGCGCGGGAACUGCAUCGAGUGCCCCUUCCACAAGUGGACGUUUGGGGCAGACGGCGCGUGCGCCAGCGUGCCAGGCGUCGAGCAUGCUCCCCGGGGCGUCUCCAUCGGGACCUGGAGGACAGUGGAGGCGGACGGCGCGGUCUGGGUCUGGCACGACGCGGAGCGCCGCGCGCCGCUGUGGGGUCUCGAGGACGCACCGGAACUAGACGCCUGGGGGUACAGGGGCCGCAACGAGUUCUUGGUCAGCGCUCAUAUACAGGAGAUACCGGAGAAUGGUGCGGACGUGGCCCACCUGAACGCUGUGCACUCUCCCUCUCUGCUCUCGUCAUUGGGGGAGAGGUACCCGGUGCUCCAGGACAUCAUAGGCCGUCACGUGUGGGCCGCGGACUGGCAAAGGAACGACGACCACACCGCCACAAUGACGCUGACACACGACUACAAGAUCUUGAAGAGCGACUGGUUUCACAUCGAUGUUGAGGUUACACAGAUUGGUCCAGGUCACGUCCGCCUCCGCCUGGCAACCCCAAUAGGUCCAGUUCUGGUCUCACAAUCAGUAACACCAGUGGGGCCUCUAACCCAGAGAGUAAUCCAUCGUUUCUUCUCGCCGCCACACAUUGCCCCACUAGCACCUACUCUGGUGAAGUCCGAAGCUUACAUGUUCGAACGCGAUGUGGUAAUAUGGAACAGCAAGCGCUUCGUGAGCGCGCCCGCGUACGUGAAGACAGACAAGACGAUCCGCGCCUUCAGGAGUUGGUACUCUCAGUUCUAUAGUGAAAAUAGUUUGAGCUUCAGAGACGCUAUUCAGAAUCCUUUGGAUUGGUGAAUCUUACUUAAUUACGAUUAGAUUAGAAAGACUUUGCAUUUGUUCCCGUACGAACUUUUGAAUGAUUCGAGCACCAAAAGCUAAUAACUUAUUAAUAAUUUUAUUUUUGACCAGCGGCCGCCCGCGCCUUUUGAAUGAAAGUCUUAUCUGUCUUUGAGCAAAAUAUCAUCAACAUCGGUCACAGCACCACCCGGGUGAUCAAAGUAUACUAAACAGUUUUUGAGAUUACUCGUUACAAACAAACAAAAACAAUAUUUCCUCUUUUUUAUAAUAUGUUACGUAUGUACCUAUACCUAAUGUAUUUGCUAGGUAGGUAGUAGGUAUCCUUGCCCGAAAUCAAGCAUAUCUGUUUGAACAUAUUUAUAUUUUAGUAGACGUUACCCGAGGCUUCGCUCCCGUGGGAAUUUCGAGAUAAAAUAUGGCCUAUAAAAAUCUCAAACCACAGCCUCAAACAUACAAACUCACAAACGCUUAGCUCUUUAUAAUAAUGGUAACAGAUUUCAUAUUUUUGCGACUGUCAGCCUUUUUCUUUUGGCGCCACACACAACAACGGCCCAAUUAGUUUUAUAUAAUUUAUAGUUUUAAUGUCAGUGAGUGAUCGAAUUACUAAUGCGUAAGCAAUUUGCAAAA